AUGUCGGGCCUCGGCGAAGCGAGCAAUGGCGCUGCCUCCUCCUCGUCCGCCUCAGUCCCCGCUCGGGUGAGCAGCAUCGCCCAGCCCCCGACCACGGUCGAGGACAACGACGACGGCGGCUCCUCUUCCGACGCCUCGGACGAUGAGACCGCUCCCACCACCACAGGCGACGGUCAAACAGCAAAACAGCGAAAGAAGAAGAAAUCCAAAGCAGCCGCCAAGCUGCGCAAGAAGCUCGGUCUCUCCAACCCCACCUCCGACCCCACCGAAAAGCUCCUUGCAUCCGGCAACGCCGUCUCCGGCAAGAUCAGCGAUGACGUUGUCACCCAAGUCCAACAAGCCGUUGCCGCAGAGCACGGCUCGUCCGCCGCCAACGCCGUCACCAAAGCCAACCUCGCCAAGGUGAUGGCCAUGAUGAACAUGGAGCGCUCGGCGAUGCUCUCUUCGCAGGAGACCAAGGCCAAGGCGUCCAAGCAGAUUGCCGAUCACAAGUUUUGGAAGACGCAACCGGUGAUGAAACCGACCGAUGCACCCGUCGACGAAGAAGGAUCCAUUCAACCCAGCGUCCCACCCUCGGAAGUGCGACAAGAACCCUACCCCCUGCCAGCCGACUUCGAAUGGGUCACCGUCGACGUGGACAACCCCUCGGAGCUCAAAGAAGUUUACGACCUGCUCAGCGCCAACUACGUCGAAGACGACGAUGCCACGUUCCGCUUCGACUACUCCCCACAAUUCCUGCAUUGGGUGCUCAAACAUCCUGGCUACCACCGAACGUGGCACAUCGGCGUGCGCGUCGUAUCCACCUCCAAACUCGUCGCCUUCAUCUCCGGAAUCCCGCACGAGCUCCGUGUGCGCGAGAAAUCGUACCAGUCGACGGAGAUCAACUUUUUGUGCGUGCACAAGAAGUUGCGUUCGAAACGCCUAGCGCCGGUGCUGAUCAAGGAGGUGACGCGGCAGUGUCAUCUCACUGGGGUGUUCCAUGCGAUCUACACGGUGGGCAGUGUGCUCCCUACACCUGUGUCGUGUGCUCGGUACUACCAUCGUACCAUCAACGCGCGCAAGUUGGCGGAGAUUGGGUUCAGCGCGAUUCCGCACAACAUGUCGAUGGAAGCGCACGUGAGGCGAUUCGAGUUGCCGGCGCGACCCAACUUGCCCGGUCUGCGAGAGAUGGAACGCGGCGAUGUUCCCUCCGUGGGCAAACUCAUGCGUCGCUACAUGCGGAGGUUCGACAUGGCUCCAAGGUUUACCGAUCACGAGGUGGAACACAUCCUCCUCUCCGGGCGAGGGGAGGACACGCCCACCGGUCGAAAAGGCCAGGUGACUUGGACGUACGUCGUCGAGACUGAGGGCCGAAUCACCGAUAUGUUCGCAUUCUACUCGUUGCCGUCCAGUAUCCUGGAUAACGACAAGCAUAAGAGUUUGAAUGCUGCCUACCUGUUCUACUACGCUACGGACGUUGUUUUCUCGGACUCACCCGAACCUCAGGAGAGUGGAGCAUCGACGUCGUCCCCCUCAUCGGAGCGGGCGUUGGCGCUAGCAUCGGGUAAAGAGCCGUGGCAAGUCAACCACCUGACCAACCUCCUCCCCUCCGAAUUGGCCGACGAAUCCCGCGUCCCCUCAUGGGACACCGAAUCCCCCACCAUCAAAUCGCUCCUGAAACAGCGCCUCAACUUGCUCAUCAACACCCUCCUCAUCAUUGCCCGCGACGAAGGCUUCGACGUGGUAAACUGUGUGACGGUGAUGGACAACCCGUUGUUCCUGCAAGAACAGAAAUUUGGCCCUGGCGAUGGGUUUCUGCGGUUCUACCUGUUCAAUUGGCGAUGCAAGCCGGUAGCGGGUGGCAUGGGCGGUCGGCCGGGCGAGGGGGAAUUGGAUCCCGUGCAGAGCUAUGUCAAGGGGUUGGCGAAGAAGGCGAGUGGGGAGGAGGAGAGGGCGAUGGUCGAGCAGCUGGUCAGGAAGGUGGGGAGGAAUCCGGCCGAUGUUGGAUCGGGUAAUGGCAUUGUCAUGGUGUGA